AUCUCAGACCGUAUGGUUCCCAAAUGGUAUUCUUUCGAACAUUCACCGGUGUUCACACUGUUGUCUUCCUGUUCGCCCGUCGGCUGAGUGGCCGACCUUCAGUUUUCGGUCCGGUUACUCCAGAAUUAUUUCCUUCAGUAGAUAAUAUACAGACCUUGAAGUACCCAACGAUAUCUACAAUUCUAAAUAGGACUAUGCGUCCUGAAAGCGCCCUAGUUUUGCAUAAGUGGCAAGAAAAGAAGAAACGUGAAAUGGGUGAGGAGGGCUUCGCCGCCUACCUACAAGGGAUAAAGAGUCUGGGACGAGGUGUUCACAGCGCUAUUCACUAUAGGCUGCUGAAUGGAGUUUUCGCUGCCGAAUUACCUCGGGAAAUUUCAAGCUACUGCCAAAGUGUACGACAUAUCUUGGAUGGUGUCACCCUACGUUGCGUCGAAUUGGACUGCCUUCACACUGAACUACGAUAUCGCGGUCGUCUGGACAGCAUCGUCCUACUUGGACCCAGUCAAGAGGCGUGCGUGACUGAAUGGAAGUCGGUUCACGAGGCAAAACGUGUCACCUCGAUAGAAAAAGCCUACGAUGCCCCAAUCCAACUAGCCGCAUAUGUAGGUGCUUACAACAGCAACCGUCCUCCGGGUGUUGAACAGAUCAAGCGAGGCAUGCUGGUUUACGUCUAUGCUGACGGUUAUCCUGCUGACCGACUCGUCCUCAGUCCCAAUGACCUAGAAUACUACUGGGACGUAUGGUGCCAAAGAGUGGAGGAUUACUAUACAAAAGUUCAGACACAAAAGAAUGCAACGGGAGCGUAACUGCUACAAUCAAGUGUUCUUUCGGAACUUCUGUAAAUAGUCUCCUUCCUAUGGAGUGCUGUUUUCAAAUAGAUUCACUAACAGAGCAAAUAGUUGUUCUUAAGCAACGAUAUGCCGU